AUGUCGAGCGAGGUGGGCUCACCAGGUAACCUGGCCAUUGAGGAGCCCGAAAUCCAGAAUGGAGGCAAAAUUGAGCCGCUAUCCAAGUCCAGUAACGCAGAGGGCUCUCUGGAGCCUCGAACACCGGUCCGGAACCGUCCGGUGUCAGUAGGAAUGAGCCCUAAAAGCCCUGCUCCAAGUGCCGGUGUGACUCAGAUCGCCCGCGACAUUGAGUCUCAAGUUGACAGAAUGCAAGAGAUACUGGCCUCCUACGAGAGCGAUUUGAAUUCUCGAUUGGAUCAAAUAGUUAAUAGACUAAAGGAUUGA